AGCUUCGUCCUGGUGCUGGCGGACGACCUGGGCUUCGGGGACCUGGGGAGCUACGGGCACCCUUCUUCUGCCACGCCCAACCUGGACCGGAUGGCUUCUCAAGGGCUGCGGUUCACCAACUUCUACAGCAGCUCCCCGGUGUGCAGCCCCUCCCGGGCAGCGCUGCUGACGGGCCGGUUCCAGAUGCGCUCUGGGGUGUACCCCGGUGUGUUCAGCCCAGACUCACGGGGAGGCCUGCCGCUGUCAGAGGUCACCAUUGCAGAGGUGCUGAAGGCUGAGGGCUAUGCCACAGCCAUGGUUGGCAAGUGGCACCUGGGCCUGGGGGUUAAUGGCUCCUUCCUGCCCAUCCACCAGGGCUUCGACCAUUUCUUGGGGGUGCCCUACUCCCACGACCAGGGCCCUUGCCAGAAUCUCACCUGCUUCCCACCCGAUAUCAAGUGUUUUGGCACUUGUGACCAAGGCAUAGUGCCAGUCCCGCUGCUCUGGAACCAGAGCAUUGUGCAGCAGCCGGUCUCUUUCCCCGAUCUGGUGCCACUCUACAACAAAUUCUCCCAGGACUUCAUCGCUGACUGUGCCCGACGAGGCCUCCCCUUCCUGCUCUACUAUGCUUCCCAUCACACACACUACCCCCAGUUCUCAAGCCAGGAGUACGCAGGGCAGUCGCGGCGUGGGCCCUUUGGUGACGCACUUUUGGAGUUUGACGGCUCGGUGGGACAGCUGCUGGAGGCGCUGCAGGAAAAUGGUCUUGCAAACUCGACCCUGGUGUUCUUCACCUCUGACAAUGGCCCUUCCACCAUGCGGAUGGCUCGCGGAGGCAGCUCUGGCCUUCUCAAGUGUGGGAAGGGCACAACGUACGAAGGUGGCAUGCGGGAACCAGCAGUGGCUUAUUGGCCAGGCCGUGUCGCUCCGGGAGUGACGCAUGAGCUGGCAAGCACCCUGGACAUCCUGCCAACGCUGGCUGCCCUGGCUGGAGCAGCCCUUCCCAGAGUUGCCCUGGAUGGCUAUGACCUGAGCCCCGUGCUGUUUGGGUCAGGGAAGAGUCCCCGUCGGACGAUGUUCUUCUACCCGCCGUCCCCCGACCCACUGCACGGCCCCUUCGCUGUCAGGCUGGGCAAGUACAAGGCCCAUUACUUCACCCAAGGUUCCUUUCACAGCGAUACGACCCCAGACCAGGCCUGCCACGGGCUGACGCCGCUGACCCCUCACCUGCCCCCACUGCUCUUUGACCUGGACUCAGACCCAGCUGAGAACUAUGACCUGCUGCAGGGCAGCGUGGGGCCGGAGGUUCUGCAGGUCCUGAAGGAGAUCAAGCUGCAGAAAGUGCUUUUUGAACAGCACAUGAGUUUUGGGGAGAGCCAGCUCAGGAAGGGCAGGGAUCCUGCCCUGCAGCCCUGCUGCGUACCAAACUGCACUCCGAAGCCUUCCUGCUGCCGCUGCUCCUAGCCGCUCGCUGCUCCAGCCCCUUCCGCAGCUCCACGCUGGAACCCCAUCCCGAUCCCUGCCCCCACUAACCCAGCUCGGCCCUCGAGCUGCCCCACAGCUCUGACCCCGCGACGCCUCUGCACGAGGAGCUGGACGCCCAGGCUGGGGCCUCCUGACAGAAACCCCGACUUGGUUAGGGUGGGACCGUGAUGCAGCGCCAUCUCCAGAGCCACAACAGCUCCCUUCAAACCAUGGUCAAGAAGCGAAGGGCCUGCCCCCGUGUCCCGAGACCCCCCCCUGCAGCUGGGGCAGGCGGUGCCCCCCCUGGGUGGGAGCAGAGCUGGAGCUGCAGCACCAUCCCCGGCCAGGGCAGGGCUGGGGCGGGCCGUGCAGGGCCCUGCAGCUGGCGCAGACAUGCCUGGCAGGAGCAGCGUGGGGCCUGCUCAGCACCCCUGAGCCCUUGUGAGUGCCGCGGGUGCAGGCAUGGCCGGCGGCCAGCAGGGCUGGUGCUCUGGCGAGGUCUGUCAGGGACGCUGGGGCUGAUCAACAGCGGGGCCAAAAAUAAAGAGUCACUCCACAGGGCUGAGCCCAAGCCUGGUCAGAGGGGAGGGGAGGGUGCAGUGGAAGAAUGGACCACUGGUCACAGGGGACAAGAGGUCUUGGGGACAGUGACUGGGAACACAGAGGGUCUUAGGGUGGAUACUGAUGGGAUCCCAGUGUGUGUGUACAGUGCACCAGUGAACUUGAAACUGGACUCACACAGCCUGGGAGACACGGAUCUGGUUCACACGGAUGGCUGGGUAAGGGGCUUGACACCCAGCCACGAGUAUCACAUGGACUUAAGUUCCAUGCUGUUACAUGAGGAAUCUCUGCAUGUGCUGUGCUUGAGUCCAGGGAGCAAAGGUGUGUUUGUGUUUCACUAAAACUUCACAUCCUGGUCACCUGGAAAAGCAGGAAAGGACUGGCCUGCGCUUGUGUAAGGGGUGGUUACAUACAUGUGGGUAAAGACAUUGCUGUCUGUGUCGACCUGUUUUGCUGUUCACAUUAACUGUGUGUGUGUGUUUGUAUCUGGCCCUUCGGAAUGCACCGUCAGUCUCCUGAACACACCCUGGGAACAGCCACAGCCGCCUCCAUCAGGCCGGAACAGGAGAAACCUCCUGGGUGUGAGAGUCCACCUGAUUCAGCUCUAGUGGAUCUGAAAGGAGAAACCUCCAUGUUUAGAAGUCUGGAUCUGGCUGCUCCA